AUGAGGCUAUAUGAUCAACCAGUGGAUGAAGACCAAAUUCCAUCCACCAAUCUUCUUCACUCCAAUUGGGAGGUAACUGAAUAUCUAGGGACUUUGUCACCUCAAGAUCAAGCUCACACCACUACUGCUGGUGAAGAAACCACCAUGGGAGGCCAUGAUGGAAUAAAUGAAGACCCAAAUACAGUUGCGCAUGUCAUUAACCUGUACUGA